AGUGCCGCACGAGGAGACUGCUGCGCUCCGAGCAAGGAGCGGCUCAGGCCCGCCCGGGGCUCCGCGGCCUGUCCGCGCUGAGGGCGCCGCGCCCGGGGCUCCGCGGCCUGUCCGCGCUGAGGGAGCCGAGCAAGGAGCGGCUCAGACCCGCCCGGGGCUCCGCGGCCUGUCCGCGCUGAGGGCGCCGGGCAGGGAGCGGCUCAGACCCGCCCGGGGCUCCGCGGCCUGUCCGCGCUGAGGGCGCCGCGCCCGGGCGGACAUGGCCAGCCUGGCCGCACAGGACUCCUACCUGCAGGCCUUGGCGAGGAAGGUCUGCGCGCAGCAGCCCCCAGAGUCGCGGAAGAGGAAACUCGGCAAUGCGUCUAAGCCAGGGCAGCCCAAAGAUGCUGGUGGGCAGCCCAAGAAAAAGAAGAGAAAGAAACCCCAGAAGCAAGCUGAGAAGGGAAAUGCUCCUUCAGGCAAACAGGUGGUCUCCAACACUGGUAAAUCUACUCCAGGACAGAAAGCAGCUCCUCCAGCCCGCAAAUCAUCUCCACAAGGUGUUAAACAGAGCAGAGAUGAGAGUUUGCAGACAGGGAGCAAAAGUGCCCUGGGUUCCUCCUCCUUUUCUGCAAUGAACCUCCUGCGUCAGAGGCUGCAUGAGAAGAUCAAAAAGGCUUCUGGACAGGAUGAUGCCAAAGAGUUACCUCCUGCAGUCCUGGAGAAGAGGCAGCGAAGGAAAUAUGAGAGAGAGAGGAAGAAGCGCCGAAGGAAGGAGUUGAAGAUGAAGGCAAAAGCGGAGAAGAAGGAAUCUGAGGAAGUCCCAGCAGAGCCAGAAGUCAAAAAGGAGAGCACAGCUGAGGUUGUCUUCAACAAGGUUGAAGUCCAUACAGAGGAUGAGUUGAACAAGGUGCAGAAGAAGAAAGAGAAGAGGAAAGCAGUGAAAGGCAACAUCACCCCUCUGACCGGCAAAAACUACAAGCAGCUGCUGAGCAGGCUGGAGACCAGGAAGAAUAAGCUGGACGAGCUGAAGGAGAAGGACCAGGAGAAAGCUGAGGAGCUGGAGAAGAAAAUGAAGUGGACAAACGUUCUGUACAAGGCAGAAGGAGUGAAGAUCCGGGACAACGAGGAGCGUCUGAAGGAGGCUCUGAAGCGCAAGGAGAAGCGCAAAGCGCAGCGCCAGCGGCAGUGGGAGAAGAGGACGGAGAGAGUGGUGGAGAAGAUGCAGCAGCGGCAGGAGAAGCGGCGCAAGAACAUCCAGAGGAAGAAGAAGGAUCGUAUCGAGAAGAAGAAAGCCAAGGCCCGCAAGAAGGGCAGGGUUCUGCCAGAGGACUUGAAGAAAGCUGGACUGAGCUGAGCCUGUGGGGGUAGGUCCUCAGCCUGGCUCUGGGAGUGCUGUCUGGGGCAGUUGGUGCUGGACUGGGACACAGCUGCUGUGCCACCACCCUCUGGGGCCCGCAGAAACCAGGCUGUGGGGCAGCCACUGCUGUGGAUUUCAAUUUAAGAUGAACAAAAAAGCCUUUUGUAUCUUUGUUCAUUAAAUUUCCUAUCCCAGAGUAA